AUGUACAACUCUCUUACCCGUAUCCAGAACACUUUCGGCUUCUUCACCACUGUCGCAUUCGUUGUCGCAGCUUUCAUCGCCGCUUCCGAUUUUAUAGCUCCUCGUGCACCCGACGCCGGUAUUUUUGGGGUCACAAACUCCCAAGUUGUCAAGGGACGACCGCACUACUACAGCACCAAGAAGGAGGAAUAUGCAAUUAUUAGAUUCAACCUGGACGCCGAUCUGAGAAGCCUAUUCACAUGGAACACUAAGCAGGUAUUCGUCUAUGUUACUGCCGAGUGGCCUGGACCCAACAAUUCUACCAACGAGGCUGUUAUCUGGGACAAGAUCAUCACGAACCCCAGCGCCGACCAUCUCCAAAACAUUGGACCCGUGGCUAUGAAGAAACUCAAGCGCAGCGCUGAAGGAAAGACUAUCGACCCCGACCGUGGCUUCCUUGGUCUUAAGAACCAGAAACCGAAGUAUCAAAUUACCCACCCUACUGGUAAGGUUGCAGCAACGGAGGAUGUUAAGCUCAAGCUGCACUAUAAUGUUCAGCCCUGGGUUGGAUUUCUUACUUGGGAUCAAACUCGCGAUCUUGGUCACUGGAAGGCUCUGGGCAAUGGCGAGUCACCCAAGUUCAACCUUCCUGCUAUCAAGACUAAGAAGAAGGACACAAAGAAGAGCUACUAG